AUGGCACUCGCUGUGUGCUGGCUCUUGCGGACCUUAUGGCGCACUGCUCGCAAGUCCCAAACCGGUGCAACACUGACUUUCUUACCUGGUCCGCGCAGUGCUAGUUGGAUCUAUGGUAAUCUUUUGCAAAUAUACCACGUUGGGAACGCUCGAAUGCAAGAAGUAUGGGCAGCUCAGUAUGGACGCGCCUUCAAAUACAAUGGUUGGCUGAACGUUGAAUGUCUAUGCACUAUGGAUGUCAAGGCGCUGACCCAUAUCUUGAGCCACGUCGCUGACUAUCAUAAACCGGAACUAGCAAGAUUUAGAAUUUCAGAAGUCAUCGGAGAAGGAUUAAUUGUCGCAGAAGGCGAAGCUCACCGCAGACAAAAUUCCGCAUUCGGCACGCCUCAACUCAGGGGCUUCACACAACUUUUCAUAGAGAAAUCAGAGCUGUUGCGCGAUGUAUGGGUAGCCGAGAUUGCCACUCAUGGGGAGUCCGUCCGCAUUGACAUCUUCGGUGGACUUGCCAAAAUGACGCUGGACGUAAUGGGAUCCGCAGCGUUCAAUCAAGAACUCAACAUUUUACGCCCUGGCGAAGAGACGAGCGAGCUCUCCGCUGCAUUUCAGGCCAUCUUUGGACCUCCAACUGGGAAGCCUCACAUCUUCACCUUGCUGAAGUACAUGAUCCCUCCUCUUCGCUAUCUGACGCGGCGUAUAGCCCGCGCGAAGGCAACGUUCUACCGCGUUGGCAUGCAGCUGAUCACGGAGCGUAUGGCGAGCAUCCAUCCGGUCACUCGAGAUGGAAAGAUCGGUGGAAAUCUGGACGCCAUCGCAGACCGGGACAUACUGACGUUGCUUCUCAAAGCCAAUAUAGCCGCGGAUAUCCCUGCGAAACAGAGGCUUUCCAAUGAUGAAGUCUUGGCGCGUAACUUCUUAACGGCUGGCUACGAGACCACGAGUAACGCCGCAAUGUGGACAAUCUACGCACUGACGCAAGCGCCUCGCGUCGAGCAGAAACUCGUCGAGGAGUUACAGGCAGUUCCGCACGAUUGGCCCACCAUGGAUCAGCUUCAAGCCUUGCGAUACCUUGACGUUGUUGUCCGGGAGUCGUUGCGGUUGCACGCGCCGGUACCUUCCACUCUACGUGUUGCGACGAAAGAUGAUGUCAUACCUCUCAACGAUCCAUUCGUCAAUACUGAAGGCAAAUUGUGUGACCACAUACACAUCCCCAAGGGCACGACUAUCGAUGUCCCUAUUCUUGCCUUAAACAGGGCGAAAUUUCUAUGGGGUGAGGACGCACUGGAAUUCAGGCCAGAGCGUUGGGAUGCAUUGCCACCAGCAGUGCAAGGCAUUCCCGGUGUCUGGAGCGACAUGAUGACAUUCAUCGGCGGGCCGCGGUCAUGCAUUGGGUAUCGCUUCGCCGUCCUGGAGAUCAAGGCGCUCAUCUUCAUCCUGUUUCGGGCGUUUGACUUCAAGCUCGCCGUGCCCCGAGAGGACCUGAUCAUCCGAUCUACUGUGGUGCAACGUCCUAUAGUUCGGAAUGAACUUGAUAAGGGUGUGCAGAUGCCCAUGCUGAUCACACGUCGACGAACGUAG